ACGAGUUUAGGAUAUUUCAGGAUAAUGUCAUCCUAAAUUUAGCAGAAUCUUGAAAUAAUUGUUUCUAGCCCUCUAAUUCAGAGUCCCGAGUUCUGCCACUCUGAGGACUGGGUAAAUGUCCUAGUGAUGAGACAGGAAAAAUGAAACGACUUGAUAGGAUCCUGAGACAAUAAAGCCUCGAGAUCUCCGGGCGCAACGGAAGAUCGACGCUUGACAGAUCUUCUGGGGCCAGUUCCUGACUGUAACAGGUGAUCACAUAAAAAGUCUGAAGAUCGAGAUAUCCUUAUGGCCCCAUCUGUUGACUUGACCUUUAUGGAAAGGUUCGACUUCCAUUGCCACUGAAACCACUUUAGCAAGACCGGAACUACGUAAACUGGACACCAACACGCGUAAGGCCAGGCGGCUUGCGUAUGGUCCUAAAUAAGAAUUGAGCUUGACACGGGACUUGUUGCUUACACUGGAAUAGCCCAAGGAACAAAAACCUUUUCGAUAUUUAAAUUAGUGGGGUUGCUUAUUUGGAGUAUACUUGACUGGUUGUUAAUGAAGGGAUAAAAUAUUCUUGCAACUUGGAGGCUUGGAGGCGACCGAAACUUGGCCGGGAGCUCCGCUGUGACUGGGCUGGGCUUGGACCUGGCUUUAUGUUACGUAUUAAGCUUGAAGGGAUAAAAAAUUCUCGCCUUCCAUGUUUCUAGAAGCAGGUGAUACUCGACAUUGUCACACAUUGUGUCUCACACGGUUUCUUGGUUGAGGCUCACUGACACAUGGGUCACUUACACAAAGGCCGCGGCACCAUAACGGAGUUUACACUCGUAGUAGCUCAAGUAAAGUUAGAUAUCAUCCAUGUUGGAGCUUCUCGUGUUAAUCGUAUUACUUCAAGACACCGCUAUAUCAAUCAAGCUUGUAAAGAUCCUUAUGGAUACGUCGACUAGGGAACGAAGCUGAGCGAGAGCCUAAAUCGGGUCAGAUCGUUGAGUUUGACAGGGGGUCAUAUUCACGGAUCUCGAAAUGUUUGUGUGAAGUGAACUUCAAUACCGGAGAACUAACCGUCUUCCCGAUCUCUGCAUCGUUAGUGCACAUGCUAUGGAUGUAUGGCUGUUGGUGGCACCCUCAGUGUAAGAGGAGUUGAGUCAUGGUCACAAGAAGGUUUUCCAACCCAACGAGGAAAUUGUUUUGUAACCCAAUGCAAUGCAAUUGUGAUUAUCCGUGGGCAUUGGACUGCUUCCAUUAUUCAUACUCAUAUGUUGAAUUUUUCUCUUGACAAGGAGCCCUGUCUAGUGAUGCGCCAGGACCAUGAGAUCAGGGAGAGCUUCGUAAGUCGAGGUACAUGAUACUCGGUGCUUACUAUACCACUUCAGUCAAGCUAUCAGCAGUAAAGAUAAGUUAAAAGCUGACGAUAGGGGGUGCUUCUGUUGGGAAAAGUGAUCAGAUGAAUACGGCGUACACGUUGACUCACGAUCAACACGGACUCAUCUUCAACUUAAAUAUUCGCAUAUGUCCGAACAAGCCUCAGCUUUUGACCCCCAUCGUACUGUACCUGAGGGAAUCACCAGCUGCCAGAAAACAGUUUUUAGCGCACAUCUAGCGUGUUUCUAGCACCCGCAUUGCCGUAGAAGGACCUCCUAAACGCUAACUAUUGCCCGUAGCCCAGCCCAGCAAAAAGGGAAGACCACCACUCGGACUGUCCUCAAAAGGUGGGAGAGAAGGAAACAAAGUGGAUCCCCCCACUAGGUACAUAGCGAGGUAGUAGUGCGGGCCAUGUCCGUCCUCUUUUAUCAUCGUCGUCGCAACUCUUAGUCUGCUCAGUCUCGCUUCUUCUUACCACCCUCAUCAUAUUACUACUGUGGUUGCUUUUUGGUUACUUUGUCCAUAUCCCAUCAAAGCAUCCAUUUCUAAUCCGAUGAGUUCUUCAAAUCCUCCCCAGGAGCUUCCUCGCUCCCAGGGUGUCUCUGAAGCUUCGGAGCCUGUUCAGAAACCUCAAGAGUCAAUUGGAGACAAGGACGAUGCGUCUGAAGACGCCUCCGGCGUUCGCUUCUCAUCCGCCGUUCAGGAGAUAUCACCUACCCAACCCGCCGCCGUUGACCCGUCAUCGUCGAACCCAGAGCAUGAAGAGCACGACCAGUCAAGUCCUUUCACCGAAGUUACUGCCGAUCAGCUUAAAGCGUUCACAAAGUCUCUCCACGGCCGACCGUUACAAGAAUUGCGCUUGAACAACUGCCAAUUUGAAGCUUUCUCGCUCCCACCUUCCCGAGUAUGUCCCCCUUUCUGUGUAUUCACGCUUCGCCAGCUUUUGGAGAGUGCUCUCGAUCAAAUUCCACUCUAAUUACUACCGGCAAUAUGAUUGUGGCAUUUGAGCUUUGCGACGUUGUCACUGCGUUGCCAUAAUUGAAGGUUUUGUGACUAACGCUAACUGAUGUCAUUGUAGGUCCCAUCGCAUGAGGAUGAAUCCGGACAGUCUACCAGAUUGCCCACACCCACCUCUGCCACCUUCCAAUCCCCGCAUACCAGCCCUCAAGUCUCUACGUUGGCUUCCCCUCCCCUAACUCCCGCGGGAUCCGGCCAGGCUAGUUCGGAUAAGAAGGGUAAGGAGGUGGCCAAGACGAAUGAACCCCCGGUUAUCACCCCACAGGCAUCGUCAUCUCAUGAAAAGGCUUCACCAGCUCCCGAUAGAAGACCUUCAGCUCCUCGAGCUGCUUCCGAUCAUGCGGUCCGUAGGGCUUCUUCCGCUGAAGAGCAGCACCAGCCCCAUCGUCGAGGCAUGUUUGGAGUAGGACCUGGUUCUGUGCCUGCUUCUCGAGAAUCUAGUCCGUCCCGAAGCUCAGCGUCAAACUUCUACUCUAAGCCAUUUACUCCUGGCGGUGACAUCAACGAUCCCUACGCCAAAGGCCGACGACCUGCACCAGCAGCACAUACAACAAAGCACUCAAUAGACCCCAGGUUCAUCUUCUCGCGGAAGAAGAAGCAUGGCUCUCCCCAUGGGUCCAAGUCAAAUCUGAACGAGAAGCGCGGAUCGUCAAUCUUUGGUAGUGCAAGGAACAGUAGUGAAGAGCUUGCACCGAAUGAUAGCGUCUCGACUGGCAAUCUUCACCCCGGACACGGCUCAAUGGCAGAUUUAAAACGAUUUUUCCGCAAGGGCGGACAUCACAACAAGAAGAGAGAGUCGUCACCAGCACCAUCGAUCAAGCUCGGCACGAAAGCUGCAGCUUCCAAAUCGACCCAGCAAUUGCCUUUUGGAGAUGAUCAUGGGUUGUCUUCCAAGUACGGCAAGCUCGGAAAAUUUCUGGGCUCCGGCGCGGGUGGCUCGGUGAGACUGAUGAAGCGCAAGGACGACGGUACCGUAUUUGCAGUCAAGGAGUUCCGUGCAAGACACACAUACGAAACCGAAAAAGAGUACAACAAGAAAGUGACAGCCGAAUUUUGCGUUGGAUCGACCCUCCACCACGGCAACAUCAUCGAAACGUUGGACAUUCUUCAAGAAAAGGGGCGUUGGUAUGAAGUGAUGGAAUAUGCGCCAUUUGAUCUCUUUGCAAUCGUCAUGACCGGUCGGAUGUCCCGGGAAGAGAUAACGUGCUGCUUCCUGCAAAUCCUCAAUGGCGUGACUUAUCUGCAUAGCGUGGGCCUUGCCCACCGCGAUCUGAAGCUGGAUAAUGUGGUGGUGAGCUCCAAGGGUAUCAUGAAGAUCAUCGAUUUUGGCAGUGCCCACGUCUUCAAAUACCCAUUUGAGACAGACACUGUACCCGCAAAAGGUAUUGUCGGCUCUGACCCUUAUCUCGCACCCGAGGUUUACGACUCUAAGGAGUACGACGCAGUAGCUGUGGAUAUCUGGUCUUUGGCUAUCAUUUUCUGCUGCAUGACUCUUCGACGUUUCCCAUGGAAGGUCCCACGAAUGACAGAUAACUCCUUCAAGUUGUUCGCGGCGGACCCGACUCCAGGACACGACCCCAGGAAGCUAAUUGUACCCUCAAAGUCAACGAAUGAUUUGACCACCACGCCAGCGCGAGACUUUUUGGCUGAGGAUGAGACAAAGAAACAUACUCAUCAUGAGCAAAAAGAAGAGGCAACCUCAAAAGAGGCCAGCUCGACGACCGACUCGAAGGACUCUAAGACACAGUCGAGUGGUGAUAAGAAAGAAGUCAUCCGUGGCCCAUGGCGUAUUUUGCGUCUGCUGCCUAGGGAAAGCAGACACAUCAUUAGCAGAAUGCUUGAUCUUAACCCCAAGACUCGUGCCCGAAUGGAUGAGAUUCUGCAGGAGCCAUGGGUUGCAGAUACAGUCAUUUGCCAACAAUUUGACCACGGUGAGGUUGUCCCAGCUGACAAUCACACUCAUAUCUUGGAACCGCCAGCCAACUCGCAACAACCGGAGAAGAAGUGAUCAUUAGACGAUUGGCUACGACCGCAACACAAAUUGACUAUUCCUGAAGGGAGGCCGGCAUUUGGCGUUUUGAGAGCAAUGAAAGACAUAAAUUGGGGGCUGUUUGAAACGGAUUCGCUUAUGAGCUGCAUUGAUGAAUGACGAACAGAUAGAUGGAGGAUCAGCAACUGUCGAGAGUUCCUUGGUAACAGUGUUUGACUAGUAACAGUCACAGAAUAUGGAUACGGGACUGUUAAAGCUUUUCAGCGAUUCAGAGAGAAAGACAGCGUUGAAUUAUAAAAAAUAAUAUUGAGUAUAGAUCACAUGAAUGAUAAUGAGGAG